AUGAAACUUAAAUUGCAAGUGGUGCUCAUACCUGUAGCAUCAGCGGAAAUCCCGACGACAGAUGUGCCAUGCUACAAGAAGUUUCUUCACCUCACUGAUCCGUAUUGCACAAUCGGUCAAGUGUGUGACGCACUGAUCUUGCGAUACAACAGACUUUAUCCCGAUGCGGAUAAGCUUGUUGUCGAAGGAGUCCAAGAUAAUGAUUGUUGUGACUUGGACCCGGAAUUUGUUGCAGAAGAUGUUUUCAGUUCGGGUGAUGUGCUUAGAAUUCUCGUUGACAAUGUGCUACCGGCGUACUCCAGAGAUGCAUCAACCAUUCUUCCCGAAGCUAGUCAAGACGGGACCAAACGGACAAACGAAACGGGAAUGGAGACUUUAGACAGUCGGCUUUCUAAGCGCUCCAAAACUAUCUGGGGAGUGCGUAACGAGAGUUCUAUGCUUCGAAGCAGUAGUCCGCCCAAUGUCACGUCCCAUGCAAAUGCAGAAGAAGAAAAUUUGGUAGCAAUGAGAAAACUGAGGGAAGAGCAUCCAGAAUCACAUGUGGACCCUGGAAAUCCUACGUCGCCAGUAUCCUUGCCUCCACCGGCUCCGGAACACGAUGGAACAGUCCCCUUGAUCCCACGUAAGAGGGAUUCCCCCAUUCCCGUCCAAAAAGGGAGGAGAAUCACCUCUGGAAUGUUGCAAGCGCCAGUUGGCGACAGAUCAAAAUCAAUCUCUGCGUUCAGUGAUAACGACGACGAAACUGAUAUUAGCAAAAUGCCCCCUGGAUUCAGGCGUUCAAACUCCUCUGAACCAGAAGAGAUCGAAAAUGGUACAGACAGCGACAACCUGGUUUCUCAUAGGCUGCUCAAGCACACUUCAAAGCACCAGAAUACUCAAACUAGCCCUGUUAUACUCGCUCCUCCCAGUUCUGGUCCUGGUAAAACCCCAUCUAAAAAAGGGCCACUUAACACCCUGACUCCAGCAAAGCCCUUUUUGAGCCAAUCCCAUGCGGCAAUAAAUCCCACAUCGGAAAUCAGAGUCGAAAUGCCCAAGUCGAAUAUGCAACAUGAGCAGUUACCACAAUCUGCGCAGUCUAAGCCAGGUAAUCUCACACAAACGCAUCUAAGUGCGCUUAAUCAUUCUAAUACGCCUAAUCUCAAGGAUAUGCAAAGAAACCAAAACAACAUGAUACAUCAACCUUUAGGAUAUCAACCCACUCCACCGCAAGUUGCACCAGUGACAUUUCAAUCCCAACACAUUGAUACGGGAACCUUGCAUCAAGGUCCAAAACCUAUACCAGCAUAUGGCAGAUUUGCACAUACGCAGCAAAUUCUUUUGCAAGGAACCCUGUCAACUGACGCAUUGAAGUCCAAUUCUCUCAAAACCAAUAUUGUUUCUGCUUCACAAAGUGUGCCUUCUGGAAGUAAUAUGAACCUGCAACAAACUCCCAAUGCAGCUCACAAUGUGGGAGCUAUUCAUCCAGAGGCGACUAGUAACCCUAAAGCUUCUACACAAGCUUUGCGUGAUGCAUCAGGUAAUAUUCCCCAGCUCAUAGGAACCAAUCCAAUCAAGAAUCCUACGAUUUCAUCUAAUCAAGACAAUACUUCCACUACUACUGAUGCAUCAAGUUCAGCCCACGCCAUAAACACACAGCAAGCAGAAUCAAGUACAGAGAAGCAAAGUACGAAUGUGAACAGACCAAGAUCUUCUGUCCACUCACUUAUUAAUCAUGAUACAAGCUUCAUCCACUAUAAGCCUCAGAAGAAUGAUUUGCAAAAUAAAUCAAAUGGUACGUCUUCCCAACCUGCCACGUUUAGUACAAGGAUUGAAACGGAAAAAGACAGAGCCAAUCCAGCGAAGGAAUCUCAGCCGUCGGAUGGAAAAUCAGUAAAUCUCAGCAAAGAAGAGAUCAUUGGCAUAUUCAAGCACGGCAUGCGCAUUCCGAAUAAAAUCACACAGAAGCUCAAUGUGUCAAAACCUAACGUUACCCCAUUUAUAGCGGCAGAGGAGGAAAAAAAGAGACAAAUUAUUGCUCAGCGCAAUAUGGAACAAAAUGCGCGCGAAUUGGACAACAGGCGCAGAGCAGCGGCGUCGGCUAGCCAAAGCUCAACUCGUGAAAGAAAUUUGCGUUCUAGAGUCACGCUUCCAGGUAUUGCUAAUUAUGUUACGAACCUUCAAAUGAGUAACGAAGAUGAGGAAAAAGAGAAGGAAAAGGCGCAAAGAGAGAGUGAACUCCCCUCUCCAUUCAAUGAAUUUGUUAGUAAGUCUAAACUCUCUUCUGUUUUUGUUAAGAUGAAAAAGUUAGACUCAAGAAUUAAUGCUCAGAUUGAAAAUGAAGUGGAAGAGGAAGUGGAAGUGAAAGCAGAACCAAACACUCCGAAAUUAACGAAAACACUGGAACUGAAGGUUUUACCUACCGUUGCAUCUAUUAAUGCAAUGUCUACCAGGACACCCUCUUCUCCGAAGCAAUCAAACCUAACUCUUCUGUCAGCAGGUACCGAGAUUACCACCCAUACCCAGACUAUCCAGCCACUGCCGCAAGUUUCAUCUGCUGAGGAUUUUGAUGUUAAUGAACCUUUCGAGGAUAUCGUUGACUCCUCUGAAGAUGCGCUUAUAGAGUCAGCGUCAGAACUGCAAUCUGAAGGCUCUUCGUCCGAGGAGGAAAUAACUGCAGCGCGUAAGGAAUCUCCUCCUCAAAAGAAAGCAGCAAGACGGGCUGUGCGCUCAGCAUACAAGAAAAGGUUAGCGAAACAAUUCUUAGAAGCCGAAAUUGUUCUGAUAGAAUCCUCGGAAUCCGAGGAGGAAUCAGUAAAUGAAGUUGUCAAGAGUAAACAGAAUUCUAUCAGCGAGAAUAACCAUCCUGAAAAGACAAAGGAAAGUCAAAAUGCUCAGAAAGCAGAUGACACCAUGAUAUCCGAUAUUAGAAAAGAAUCGGAUGUAUCCAAUUCAUCUGUAACUCGAAUUAUCGGCAAAGACGUUCCUAAUGCUGCUAAUGAUCAUUUACAAGAAAAAACUAAAUUGCAAGCGCCUGGCAACUUGAGUGAAAAGAAAAAAUCAAGUCCAGCUGUUAAGGUGGCAGUAGCAAGCUCAUUCCCAUCCUCGGCAAGUGUAUCUGCUAUUCCCAAAAGAGCUACAGAUGAAGAAACAACGCCUUCCAAGAAACAAAAAGUUACACCUUCUAUUUCUAAAGAGCAUAACGGGUCAGUGGCUCCGGAAAAACCAUCGAAAUCUACUAACGGCUCUGCGAUUGUGCUGAAGGAGACGGAGAAUCUUGCCACGCCAAAGGAGACAGAGAACCUCACCACGCCAAAGGAGACUGCGAAACCAGGACCGAAGGACAAACACGUAUCGGAUUCAAGGCCACCGUCAAGUGCUGAAGCUGAAAAGAGCACUGAAAAACAAGUGGUGCAUGAACCUGCUAAAUCUGUGUCCCAAAAUUCUUCAGACCAGCUGAAGUCGCAUACUGUUACAUCAGCAAAGGAAUCUGUAGAUGCAUCUAGUUUGAAGCAUAAAGCCUCAAAUAAGGAACUAGUUUCUGAGAAUUUGAAAAGUUCCAAACCAAAUGCUUCUCCUGAAAGCUCAAAGCUGGACUCAAAAUCUGUGUCAGGACAGAAGCUGCAGGUUUCCCUGGUAAUCGCGCCUUCAGUCAUAGGUGAAAAAGCUCAGCAUCAGAAAGACGAUCCCAUUGCAAUUGAGUCUGUGUCAUCUUCGUCUGACAGUGAAUCAAGCUCAACCUCGGAAUCAGACACGGAUUCAGAUACGGGACCAGAGUCAGGAUCUGAAAUAGAAAGUGAUGGCAAGUCGGAAGCAAAAUCUUCUGGUAGCACAACCAAAGUGAUGGAUGAAAGCAAGUCUGUUCGUAAUCCUGAAGAGGCGAAGAGUGAUGUUCUAGUCGGGACUAAGCCUGAACAUGGGUUAAAGAGCAAACUUUCCAGUGAAGCCAACUCGGAGCAUACAAUUAAAGCAAACUCAAACUUCGAGAAACUUUCUGAGACAAAAUCACCAUCGCGAAAUUUGGAAUCCGAAAGUCAAUCCGAAUCCGAAUCCGAAUCUGGAUCUGAAGAAUCCGAAUCCGAAUCAGGAUCUGAAUCUGAAUCUGAAUCUGAAUCUGAAUCUGAAUCGGGGUCUGAGGCUGAGUCUGAAUCUGAAUCCGAGUCGAGCUCUGGUCCUGAAUCCGAAAAAAAGAAUGGCGUUAACGAACUGGUUGAUUCGAAUAAGCCAAAAAAGCCCGAGAAUGAACUUUCAAGCGAAGGGACGAAAAGCUUGCCUAGAACUAACACCGAUAGAAUUGCACCAAUCACUAAAGGUGAUGCGAGUUUACCUGCGAAUCUUUUGAAUUCGAAAAAUAGUUUGCAAAAAACAGUUGGAAAAUCACCUUCAAGUUCUAAGAAACAAGAUAUUCUGGAUAAGAAAGCUGCUGAAAUUUUAAGAGAGGUUUCAAAACAUAGGAGGAACAGCAUGAAUCACAACGGAUCACCAGAUGCAAUUAAAAAUAAGGAGACUUCAGACAAUAAGCGAAGAAGAGCAGAAACAAUCCUGCUCUUAGAAAACAGCUCUGGCAGUUCGAGCUCUGAUUCUGAUUCAGAGCCCAAUGAAGACUCAUCAGAUUCUUCAGAUUCUGAUACACCUCCAAAGAAGAUGGCUAAAAAGGCUGGAGUUGAAAAGGGUUCAUUUGCGGCGAGUCGCCUUUUGCCUAAGCGUUUAAAUUCAUUGAGCAGCAGACCUCCGCCCAAAGCAACAUCAUCUUCAACUCCACCAGUAGACGUUUCUAACCGUUUCAGCGAAGGAGUUAGAACUGUUUCUAUUGAGACUCCCUUUUCAAAAUCAUCUGAUGAGGACAAUAUUCGAAAAGAAAAAGAGCACAGCGAGAGAAAGGAAUCUUCUUCUAACUUUAAUAAAGAAUCAUCGCUAGAGAAAAAAUCACUUGCUACAAAAGUUCAAACAAAAGCAAGUACUGCAACCGCCAAGAGCAAUGAAACGAAGAAAAGUACUCCAUUAAGAAAACCGCUCUUGAACUCACUUGCAGAUCUUGCAUCGAGAGGUGUACCAGAUGUUUUGGAUGCAAAGGAGAAAUCGAAGGUAACUCUUUCAAAAAAGCCACCUAUUACGGUCGACAGUUCGUCUAGCUCUGACUCUAGUUCCGAUUCUGAUUCUGACAGCAACUCCGAUUCUGACAGCAGCUCCGAUUCUGAUUCCAGCAACUCUGAGUCUGACCUGGACUCGUCUAAUGGAUCCAAAGGCUCGAAAUUCGUGAGUUUGAAAAAAUUGUCCGCAGAAAAAAAUUCCAGAGAAAAAAAGAAAAGUAGGAGUGGUUUCUUCAGUUUGAUGAAAGAUGCGAAGAAAAGAUCAUAG